CAUGCAGUCGUUGCACCGAGUGCACGUGGGGAACAUUGUUCAUGCGAAGAAAGCACGAAACUCGACCGGUACGAGUGACGCGAGAUCGCUUUUGAAGAUCUUACCGGAGGAGCGAAUAUUACCGAUCCGACAUGAGAUACAAGCGCAUCGGCGUCAUCGGAGCGUCUUUGAUCGCCUCUGUGUGCUUGCUCUCGGGGCUCAUGUAUUAUUUUAAUCAAGACACCUGUCCUGUGGGAACAUUCCUUUGUCAGAACACUACUCAGUGUUUGCCUCAAAGAGACUGGUGCAACCAGGACAUACAGUGUCCUUACCACGACGAUGAAGAAAAUUGCUUUGAUCCUCACGGAGUGCUGGACUGGUUCGGCAGCGACAGAGAUUCCGUAAGGGAGGUCGUAAGGGAAUUCGUUUGUGAUGCAACUGAUACUCCCAGAUGCAAAUACGACAUGUGCCGUGCGUCUUGUCAAGGAUAUUCCGAAAUACCACGAAAUCUGUCGUCUCAAACCAAUUCAAUAAAUCUGUACGACAGUUCUAUUCAACACGUGCAAACGGACGCCUUCGCGCAAUACUCAGAAUUACGUAUAUUAUAUCUGGAUGGCACUGACAUACACGAAAUAGAGAUUGGAGCUUUCGCAAACUUAACGAAAUUAUUUUGGCUAUGUUUAGAUAACAAUAAAAUCAGCAAGCUACUGCCAGGACACUUCACCGAUUUAAUUAAUUUGGAGUCUUUAAAAGUAAAUCAGAACAGAAUUACCAUAGCAGAUCUGUCAGACCUGGAAGGAUGCAGCAAUUUAAGCUUCAUAAAUUUAAGCGAUAAUCAACUGACAUCGAAAACAUUGAAACUACCGCACUUACCGGCUUUGCACGAGAUAUUAUUAGACAAGAACAAGUUCGUGACGAUACCCGAUACACUCUUCGUCGGAUGCCCAGCGUUAAGAUUAUUAAGUAUGCAGAAGAAUAUGAUAAAAACGAUCGACGAAAAUACGUUCCGAAAUCUGGAGCAACUAGAGGAACUCAAUUUGGCGUUCAAUAAAAUAACGAGUCUCCCGCUGAAUGUAUUCCGGCCGUUGAAAAAUCUAACGAGGCUAGAGUUAGGGUACAACGAGCUUCACAAUUUACCGAUGGCUGUGUUGAGUCCAUUGACGAGACUUCAUUCUCUCGAUUUAGAAGACAUAAGUUUGGAUUCUUUUGAAAAAAACGCGUUCGACGUGUUUCAGCAGCUGGAUUACGUGUAUUUCAAGAAAUUUCACUAUUGUGCGACAUACGCGCCGAAGGCACAAAGAUGUCGGCCUUCCAGUGAUGGCGUCUCAUCCUUGUCUCAUUUGCUGGAUAAAACUUUAUUACGAGCAGCCGUGUGGGUGAUAUCGUGCGUUACCUGUAUGGGAAACGUGCUUGUUCUUUGGGGAAGAUUCACGGCUAAGGAUGAGAAUCGGGUAUUAACAAUCAUCAUCAGAAACCUGGCCGUCUCUGACACGCUGAUGGGAAUCUAUCUGUUCGUAAUCGCUGUCGCGGACAUGAUAUUCCGCGAUAAUUACAAUCAGGUCGCCAUAUCCUGGAUGUCCUCCUGGUUCUGCACCUCUCUAGGAGUUCUCGCUAUGACGUCCUUGGAGGUUUCAGUAUUGAUCCUGUCGUUCAUGUCGCUCGAGCGAUAUAUGCUAAUCGCGGCACCACUGAAAGGUCACCGUACCAUGACACCGCAGACAGCAUCCGCAUCGAUGAUCGUCACAUGGAUCAUCGGCGUUACUCUAGCACUCGUGCCAGUUAUUCAUUGGCGAAGCAGCACGAGAUUUUACGGAGUGAACGGAAUGUGUUUCCCCUUGCACAUUGACGACCCAUAUUCAAUUGGAUGGGAAUAUUCAGCUUUCAUUUUCUUGGGACUGAAUCUUACCGGAUUGAUCACGAUCGGUUACGUUUACGCAGGGAUGUUCGUAAGCAUUUGGAAAACGAGACACGCCUGUUCUUUGUCCGUGGGCGACUCUGAAUUUGCUUUGAGAUUCUUCUUGAUUGUUUUAACAGACGCCGCGUGCUGGGCACCGAUCAUUAUUCUGAAAAUUAGAGCUCUGUUGAAGUAUCCAAUACCAGCGGAUCUUCAUGCCUGGGUCGUGGUGUUCAUUCUUCCGGUCAAUAGCGCAGUCAAUCCGUUGCUUUAUACAUUUACCACCCCAAAAUUUCGAGAGAGACUAAGCGACGGAUGGUUUGGAAAGGUGCGUAAUUAUGUGACGAGAAAAAGUUCCGCCGAAGACUCCCAACUAUCCACAACGAUAAGCAACAAGAACGUAAUAUUAUCUCCAACAAGUAAAAUACAUAAUAAUAAGAAAACCCCUCUCGUACUUCCCUGUAACGGGAAAAAUAAGUCUGAGAAACAUAACCAUAUUUUAUAG